UAUGACAAAAUGGGGUUUGUGGUUAGGAUGUGUAAAAAAUAGUGGCUACAUUGUGCAUCAUCAUAAGAUAAUUUGAUGUUGGUGAUUAAUGUGCCGCACCAGACAUUUUUGUGUUUGUCUGUUGACAGUCUACCCAGACGCUUCAUAAAGAGAGAAGUACUACACGAUAUCACUGCCCUGCAGCUGACCAAACUGGAUGUCACAGACAAGACCAUCUGGCUCAGCCCACAAGACAUCAGCAUUGGUCUAGGUGCAGAGUCAGUCCUUAAGAGAAUCAAAGGUGCAGAGCUCAGGGUGCUCGAGUUCAAGAGAGAGUGCAUGCAGGGACUGAGUAACAUGAUCAAGAAAGUGCAGGACAAGAGCCCCCUCAAGUAUCUGACUGUUAGGCAGAUGGUGUGCCUGAAUCCGUCAGUAAUGUAUAGAGAACCAGAAAGAGGCAGGAAUCACAUGAAAGGGCUGGUUCAAAGGUUUCUCCAGGACAAACAGCUUACUGAUACUUCUUCGGGGGAUGUCAUACUGCAGCAGUUUGACAGUCUCCUUUCCUUGGAGAGCCGGAGUGAGGACUUCCUCUCCUUUCAAACCAUGCAGACGAGGCUGGACAUCUUCCUGAGCAGCGCCAUGGAGCCUUAUCCCGAGCUGUGGGCCUUCUGCAAGAAGCUGCUCAUCCUCAUCCACGGUCAAGCUACAGUUGAGCGUGGAUUCUCAAUCAAUAAAGAGGUGGAGUCUGAUAACUUGGCGGAGGAUACAGUGGUCACACGGAGACUGGUGUGUGACUACAUCAUACAACAUGGAGGUGUUACCAAGGUUCCACUCAGUAAACCGCUACUGGAAAGUGUAGCAAGGGCAAGGACAAGGUAUCGUACCCAUCUGGAGACCAAAAGAAGGAACAGGGAGGCAAAAGACCAGGCUCUCAAGAGGAGGGAAGCAGAGGACUGUCUUGAGGAGCUGAAGGUUAAGAGGAGACGUGUACAGGAGGUAUCUGAGGGUCUGGCUAGGGAUGCAGACAAGAUGGCUGAGGAGGCUGAAGCGAAGGCAGGGAGCAAGAUGGCUGGCCUGAUCACCAGGUCAAACAUUCUGCGGAGAGGCCAUAAGGAGAAGUUGGCAGAACUGGCUCUCCUUGAUAAAGAGAUCGCUGCUAAGAGUGCAGAGCUUAGGAGUUGACUGUGUGAUCAUAAUUUUAUUUAUUGUUGAGUUGAUUUUCAUUGUUUAUUGCUCAGGAGUCUGUGCUGUUGGCGUAAGUACUCACCACUAUGCUGCAAUGUUCCAUCAUUCCAUAAUGCUUUACAGUCCACAUUUUCACAUUUGUUGAAAUAAAUGAACACAUUUUGAACAAACGCUGUCGGUAGGUCUGUGAAAUAGGCCGUGA